AUGCAGGUCAUCACCCAGACAUCUGGCCAGCACGACGAUGAAUGGGGCAAACCCAACUCGGAACUGUCGAAUGGAUUAAUUAGCUAUCGCCGUGGUAAAUUGGGCAAACCAGACUGGGACGGAUGGCAAGACGGAGAACUUGAGGCGGCCUUAGUCGCUCAAGAAGUGGAGUGCUACAAGCGUGCACUUUUCGGACUGCUAGUGGAUAUCCAGCCUGGAAGCGAAAACCAACUCUGUGAUAUCCUAGCUACCGUUCAGAAGGAACAAACCCUCUCGGAAGCCAUUCGCAGCGUGUUUGACAGGUAUCGCCUCUGA